GUUACGUUGCGUCCGUCAAUGUAGAAGAAGAGUAUGACGCAUGCGCAUGUCACCUCGGACGUGAUAUUUGAAAGUUGUUGAUAUUUUCCGAGUUGGAUGAUCAAUCUUUGAAAACAUCAGGCUCCUUCAACCAUGUCGUCCAGAUUAGGAGGUAGGUCCUCUCCCAUCUCCCCUGUCCUGUUCCUGACGGUAGACGGUGAACCCAUGCAAUUCUUCCUACGCCCCGGUCCCACCAAGGUUCGACUGCAGCCCGUCAUCAAGGCUGGUGGAGGCCUGGUGUGCAGGGCCCAGGAGCCUGGGGCUUUCCUACUGAUUGACCCAGAGGAGAUGGGGUCCGUUGCGGGUUCGGCAGCCCACUGGUACGUGUCCACCCAGUACAUCCGGGACUGCAUGGAGAAGAACCAGCAGCUGGAGGUGGAGGAUUACCGCUUCAAGCCUGACAACGUAAAGACGAACGUCCAGACCAGGUCAGCGAAACAGAGCGUUGGUAGCAUCGGACGAAUGGGCUACACUCCGGAGGAGGAUAAGGCCAUUAUGACGUACAUCUGUGAGCACAAGCGUGAGUCGCAUGGGAACAAGGUGUGGCAGGAGAUGGCGAAGAAUGGUCUGACCUGUCACAGCUGGCAGUCGAUGAAGGACCGUUACCUUAAACAGCUCGUUAAAAGACAACCUGAGCCUCGGGACGGCAGGGGAAGGAACAAAACUGUCGCUACUGCUGCUUCGGAGGAGAAAGGAGGGAACUCGUUUGAGAAAGAGAGAGAGAAAGACAUCCCACCACUGACUUCCUCACUUCAGAAAGACUCUCGACAGCCUGAUAUUAUUAUGCCGUUGGCCCAAGAGUCAGACGCCUCAAAGACUUCCUCUGAAUCCAAACUCCCUCGGGCAUCAUCAUCAUCAUCAGACACUGGUCUCCAACUCCCACAGAAGUCCCCUCAGAAAGACCAGGCUCAGUGCUGUCCUGAAGGACCGGGAACAGAGGAAUCAACUGUGGAACCAGAGAGAGAUCCCUCGACCCAGCUAGAGUCACCAGCAGACCCUGCCCAGUCUGACACUACAACACCCCAGCUGGUCCCUUCUAAGAGACUCCACCAGCCUUCUCCUCCUGGGGGCAAACACACACAUCCCCAGACUGACACUACAACACCCCAGCUGGUCCCUUCUAAGAGACUCCACCAGCCCUCUCCUCCUGGGGGCAAACACACACAUCCCCAGACUGAGGAGGCAGCAGCCACCCCCUCACUUAAAAGAGCCAGGUUAAAUAGUGGAGCAGUGGUGGUGGUCUUGGAGAAAAGGGAUUCAGCUGUUACGUCAGGAGAGAAGGCAACAAGCUCCAACACGACAGAGGGGCAGCUGGGAAAGAAAAAGGCCAACAAGCGAAAACUGGGCAUCCUCGAGAGUGCAGUGAGAGAAUUCGAGGGGUCAGAUGAGUCAGGGGAUGAGGAUGACGAUGAUACUCCAGACCUGGCUGAGAUUGCUGGCCAUGCACCAGUCCCAGGACGGGAGACUCAGACACCAGUAGCUGCCCCCCAGACAGAGAAUAGCUCUGCUCAGAUACAACCCCAGCUUGCUGCCCAAGAGAAGAGCUCAGAGACCCAGCCUGAGGGCCAACUACCUGAGGCCACUGGUCCCGCAAUGAGUGGGUCGGCCCCAAAUGCACCAACGGUCCCAAAUGCACCUGCAACGAGUAUCCAUGUCCCGAAAGACCCUGCUAUCCCGUCCACUUCGACAGUUCCUCACCUGUUCCUGUUUGAGCGUGACUCCCAACAGGCGGAGGAAGAGGAGCCUUCCCAGACCUUCACCCAACUCCAGCUCCAGGAGGCCAAGCGGCUGGUCCUCAGCCUGAUGCGGGAAUCCAAACUGGGGCUGGUCGCUGUCACCAAGGCGCUCCUGAAAAACAGUGGAGAUGUCUCCGCUGCCCUGAGAGACCCACUGAUGAUGCCUAACGUAGGGAACGGGGUUCAGCAGGGCCCUCGAUGGGAACGUCAUGACGACCGCCUGCUGCUGUCAGCCGAUCCUUCGGAACUCCAGAACAAGUUUGGGGAAGAGGGAGUGGCUAAGAGGAUGGCUUUCCUUUAUGCAGAGUGACACUGGAGGGGGGGGGGUUCAAUAGUAUGCAACGUUGUGCGACCUUUAGUUCUGAACAACACGUUUCCACCCCCUCCCCCCCCCCCAAAAAAUGAUACCAACCGUUCUUCAACAUUCUUUGAGGUAUGAUUGUUCCUGUUUGGUCGGUGUGGCCUGAUCAAUAUGGGUCCGACAUUACCAUUUUAAAUCUCAAAAUUUCAUGCAGCCAGCACACCAUAAACAAUCGUACCUCUGGGCUAACAAUAUUUACAAUGUUGUUUCCUACUGAUCGCGUUCCUGUGUUGUAUUAACCAAAUGGAUAAAAACAGGAAGGACUACUUUAGCCCUUGAUCGUGACUGGCAGUUCUAUUCUAUUAUAAAAUAAGAGUCCUGGGACGAAGGCGCAUUCUGUACGGGAGAGUUUUGUCAAAGAGUUCCGACGCUCGGUCUGAACAUUUAACGAGCAUCGUUUUGCGGUACGGUUUUGGAAGCACAAGGACUUUAUCUUUCAUUUCAGCAAGAAGGCUAAAUUCAUACACACCUUUUAUAGGGUUCACACAGGGCCGUGUCUCCAUUUAAGCACUAGUUUAGGGAAAACAUACGGAGGACAGAGUGGACUACCUGUGCUAGUUAGUUAUCAGCGUCUCCGAACAUCUGUGUGUAAAUGGAAGAUGACAAACGGUGUUGUCACUGAAAAAUACUGUCGGCUGCAACUGUGUUGAAACCGGUUAAAACGGAGUACAGUGUUUAUUUUGUGUAUUUUGCAUUUGAGAAAUUAUUUUGAUGUGAUAUUAUAAAGUAGAGAACUUUUAUUUUUCUAUAACCGUACCUCAAAUUGAGAAUCGAUUCAUGUUUCAUUGGCCAUUUUCCAGAGCCACUUCGUCUUUAAAUAGAACACGUAACGUCAUUGGACUAUAAAGGAAUAACAUUGGGCUCCUUUAGUCUAUUGUAGGGCUAGGACUACCUGAACUUGUCCAACAAGAAUAAUAGUUAUCAAAGUGUUAUACAAUUUUAAAUCGUUGUCUUUCUCGUCUCUGACAUGAAAUGUUAUUUAUUUUAUUGAUUGAUUGUGGAUGCUAAUAUAACCGUACAGUUUGUGCUUCAGGAAAUGCCUUUGAUCUUCAUUCUGUUCCAUUACAUUGCACACUAAUCAUUGGAGGAAGGCAUCUUCUGGAACGGGGGGAGUUUUGUUAAGUGUCCCCCGACACUCGGUCUGAACAUUUAACACGCAUCACUUAUGGUACUGUUUUUGGAAGCGUAAGGACCUUAUCUUUAAAAAAUAAAAAAUUAAUUGAUACACACUGUUUUAGGGUUCCCACAAUGCCAUAUUUCCAUGUUACAGAGCUUGUUUACGGAAGACAGAGUGGACUACCUGUGCUAAUUAGAUAGCUUCACCUCCUGUGUGUAAACGAUGGACGCCACAAACGUGUUGUCACUAUAAAAUAUGGCCCGGAUGCAACUGUGUUAAAACCGUGUAAGUGUGUAUUUUGAAAUCGUGAAAUUAUUUUUGGACGUGAUAUGAAAGUAGAGGGAUUUAUGUUUCUAGAACCGUACCGCAAUUGAGAAUCGAUUCACGUUUAGAUGGAGUGUUUUGGCUGUUUUGGCUUCCAGGGCCACUUUUAACAGAACAUGUUAGGUCCUUGGACUAAGGAGUAACAUUGGGCUCAUUAUAGUCAGUCCAUUAUUGGGCUAUGAAAUGCCAUGUCCCAUGUAAGAUGGCACAUUUUUAACUUGUAAUAUUUUAACUUUUGUAAUGUGUCUGUUUGGAAUUUUUUUGCAAUAGUAAACAUGCUACAUAUGUGAAAUAUACUGUAUGCAUAUGAUGAUUUGUGACAAUCUGCCAAUGUAAUAAAAUAACUGAUGUAAUUCGCUUCAUAA